AUGGGAGCUACCACGCCCGCUUCAGCCGAACGGGUCACCUUUACCUAUCCAGCUCUACCAGAAAUCAAGUUAUGUUAUGCUAUCUCUAUUAGCAGCAUUAUCUAUGGUCUGUAUGCGGUUCUCAAAGCCAGUCAGGCUUAUGAAUGGGGCAUGGGCGAUUACGGCGUGCAAGCCGAGCUACCUUUAUUUGGAACUGUUAUAAAGGACCUCAGCAGUUGGGAAUGGAUAAAUUAUUCUCCAUUCGCAUGGCAAUAUUUGCCGGUGUUCAUGGCGCACACCGUGGUCUUCAACCUAGGAUCGAAAUUCCUUCCUGAUCUACCUUUUACUAUUGUUUAUACUUUAUUAAGUAUUGCAUCAUGCGUAUACUAUUUCACACCAACACUGGUGGCCCUUUCUCUUACCCAAGGCACCGUGAUGUUUGCUGCCUGCCGAAUUUUUAAGCGAAAAGCGGUCAUCUGGAUCGCCUCACUGCCGCUACUUUACGUAGUGAUGCACCACACGACGAACAUUGCCGACAAUCCAUUUUUAAUAUAUACUCUUGUAUCCUACAGUAUGCUAAGCUAUGUGUCAUACUGUAUAGAUACGAUUGAUGGCCCUGUGAGGAAAGAAGACGACACCAUAGCGAAGCAAUAUCUCCGAAUGUUGUUCUACACAUUCUAUCAACCGUAUCUAUUCUCCCUGAUUGUACUGUAUUCGGAUUUCGAACGGCAGAUAGCCGAACGACGUCAGAAAACGAGGGACUGGCUGGGCAGCGUGUGGUUCGCUGUCAGGAUCGCAUUCUGGUGGGGUGUGCUGGAGCUGUCGCUGCAUUUCAUGUACCACGAAACCAUUCUUCGAAAUAUCGAAUAUGCUGAUACAGUGCCUAAGGACGCAUUUUUCGCAAUGGGGCUGGCUUUGGGAGUUUUCUUCCACUUGAAAUAUGUGAUCAUAUUCGGUUUGCCGGCUGCUUUUGCCCGAUUUGACAAUAUGGACCCUCAGCCGGGGCCGAUUUGCCUUUUUCGAGCGAUGCUAUUCUCCAAGGUCUGGCGUGAGUUCGACCGUGGUCUCUAUCAGUUCUUCAAGUGCUACAUCUUCGUGCCAAUCUGUGCCCCAACGUUUUCGCUUAAACGGAAAGUGUUUGGAGUGCUCGUCUCGUACGCAUUCGUUUUACUCUGGCAUGGUUUCUACCAUCAUAACCUAGUGUGGAUCAUUUUGAACAUCAUAGCGUUGUUCAUGGAGAUGAGCUCCAAGUCGCUGUACGCGGUGGAAUCAUUUCGACGUUGGCGAGAGAAGACCAUAAGCGAUGUGAACUUCCGCCGAGUUCUCGCUGCGCUUCAGGUCUUGCCGUUUGCCUUCGGACUCUACUCGAACAUCUAUUUUCUGGGAGGGUCAGAAAUCGGUGCUUUGUUCAAGAAACGUAUUCUCGAUGAGGAGACGAUUCCUUUGAGGUAA